GCCAGAAACGGGAAGGCACUGUAUAAACAAAUGACUGAUAAGAUACGAGAAUAGCUCAUGUCAUCGAUCAACAGUAGCGAGAUUUGCACACCAUUCAUUUCAAUUGAAUCAAGCGCUAACUGUACAAUGUCCCCGGUGUCGGACAUAUUAGUACCCAUUGCGCGGCCGGAUUGGCCUGCCCUCCGUGUCUUAUUCGAAACCAGUGAUCUCGAGACCGAAAUCCCGUGCAACACCAUUCAAAACUACAUCGAUUGGACCGAGCGCGAUCCGAAGAUUCGUCACCUGGAGAUCCUCAGUCUGAACGACAGCUGGCGCCAAAAUGGAACAUUUAUUGUUCUGGACCGUCACGAGAUGUUUUUCUUCUCGCUGGAACCAUCGAACGAAUCUCUCGAACGAGCACUGGAACUAAUCGAUUGGGAUUUCCCGUAUCGAACCUACGGCAUUCUUGAUAAGCAUCAAUUGGUAAUGAAACGAGUGCUCCAAAAGCUGAAUGUGCCAUUCCCCAACGUGUCCGUCGCUUGCAAUCUGUAUCUGUUACCGAAGGAAGUUGGUCUCGGUUUGGAAGUGCUGCCUCCGCCGGCUGGUUUUCGAUUGGCUGAACUGAAAGUUCAUCACGCCCAAAUCAUCAACGCAACCUGGGCAUUUCGGAGUGGAGCAUCCGAAUAUGCCAUCACGCGCUGCAUAGCUUGGAACACCAACGUGGGAUUGUUCGACGAGCAGAACGAGUUGGUCGCAUGGUGUUUGCUGAACAAUUUGGGAAUCAUUUGUGUGCUGUAUACGGUCGAAGCGUACCGGCGGAGGGGAUUGGCGGAAGUGGUGCUGAGGGCAAUGGUGACGAAAUUGGCCAAUCAGGGAAUGAAUUCCGUUGCGAGUGUGUUGCUCUCAAAUGCCCCUUCCAGAGCUUUGUUUGAAAAACUGGGCUUCGAGGGGGACGCAACUUUGCAUGAUACUUGUCAUCGGGUUGAUCGAUUGGUGGAGUGGAACUUUUUCUAGCAGGAGUGGAGUGAGUGGAUGCUGGGAGGGACAUUUGUCAGCGGGAAUGACUCAAGUCCGUAGAAUUGUUACUUUUUCAGUGCACAGUUCAAACAAGGACUAGCCUUGAUUUGCUUUUGCGUUAAGGCUGAAAUAAAGAAAGUAUAAAUUU